AUGAAACUCGUUUAUAUCAUCACCGGCAUCCUUGCCACCAUUGCACUGACCACUGCAAAGAAUACCUUCCGCCCAUGGAAGGCAGGGAUUGGUCCCAGUCUUGACCCUCCGAACUUCGAUCACCCUCUUCCAAUCCCGGAAGGUGGUAAGUUCGAAAUUAUUCGUGGGGCCAACAAGAGACCUAAUGGAGAACUUCAAGGUCUCAGAGGAGGAUUGGGCUCUGGGUUCGAGUCCGUUGAGGCCAAGAAGGAGAAGGAGGCAGGGCCAAGGCAGGAAUUUCAGAGUAAACAGCCGUUAAGCCAAGGUUGGAGAAAUUCUCUUCUCUAA